AUGGAUACAGACGGUGAUGGCAGAAUCAGCUACGCCGAGUUCAACGACUUCGUUCAACAAAGUGGAUACUAUUGGAUCCUCCAUAGUGACCCCAACUUGUUCGCUAAACUUGACCGCAAUCGUGACGGUGGCCUAGAUUUGCAGGAAGUACUUACGUUCUACUAUAUCAUCAAAACAAGGUACAUCACCUGCCAAGGCUGCCGAGCACACCUUUGUGGCUUGUAUUUUACGUGCGUUGAGUGCUUUGAUGGAGGAGCAGCUAAUUAUCAUAAUCAUCAUCAGUAUCCAACGUAUGACCUGUGUGCUGCUUGCUAUGGUAAUGCCAACUACAUUCACCAGCACUCAUACUUCUUGGAUAACCACGUUUUGCUACGCUCCAAAAGAGGCCCUCCUCAUGCUCCGCCAAAUCUUGCCAUGGCAGUCGCUGAACAGAAUCCUCUGGUGAAUAUUACUAAUAAUUACUACGUCAAUCAAGCUGCGCCUCAAAUUCAAAGGAAUAGAUGGUACCAAGCAUUUCAAACAUUAGAGACGGCUCUUUCUAUUUCAGCUUUGGCUUCCAACUGCACAAUUAUGUGAUGUUACAACAAAGGCCUCUCAUAGUUGUCCUAUUUUCUUUCCAUGUUAGUAAAGUUUUGUUGUCGAUUGUAUUAAAUACAAAUUACAAUAAGGAGUUGACUUGGGAUGCGAUGCAACUAGCCAACUAGCCAGGAAAGAGCUUUUAAUUAUUAAGUCCAUCGUGAACCAACCUGUAGUCUCCUUGGACUUUGUCUUGGUCUUUCUGUCUUUGCCCUUUUCUUCUCCCCCACUGUAAUAUUAUUCUCACAAGUGAGUUAAUCAUUAUUUAAGACUAUUUCUAUGUGA